AUGGUAGUUGGAGCGAUUGGUCCAUGUGGAAAUCUUGUAAUGUAACAUGUGGUGGUGGAAAGCAGUUAAGAUUACGAAAGUGUGAUCGGCCUGUUCCAGCAUUUGGAGGUUUAAAUUGCCCUUCAACUGAUUCGGAAUUUCGACAAUGCAAUACAGCAAAAUGUAUAAAAGUAAUUGAUGGUAGUUGGUCAAAAUGGACAACAUGGACUGAUUGCACAAGACGUUGCAAUGGUGGCCUCAAGGAGAGAGUACGUAGUUGUGACAAUCCUUCUCCGAUAAAUGGUGGAUCGCAUUGCAAUGGUACCUCAACUGAAGCAGACCUUUGCAACACCAUCUCUUGUUCAGGUAUAGAGACCAAAAUGGUGUUAGCUUUACUAGUUGGAGGAGUAUCUGUGGGAUGUAUUCUGAUAACAAUUGCCUUGGUGUUGCUUAGUAUACAUGUUGCUAGAUGCACUAGAAAACAGAAAAAAGAAGAGGCAGCAUCUCGAUUAACAGACGAAACGGAAGAGUUGUACAUAUACCAAGCAUCAGACCAGCCCACACAAGUAAAUUCAACUUUUAAAGAAGACCCGGAAGAGCUAUACAUAUAUCAAGAAUCAGACCAGCCAAUAAAAGCAAAUACCGGCUUUAAAGAAGACACGGAAGAGUUGUACAUAUACCUAGAAUCAGACAACCAGCCAACACAGUCAUUCAACAAUUCUGCCUACCGUCAGGAUUUUAGUUCCAAGGAUGUUGCUACAACAGGGGAGGAUGUUGAUCCAUGUGAUAUUUAUGAAAAUUAUGAAGAAAACUGUUAUGCAAAUUUUUAAGAUGAAAAAUGUUUAUCUUAAACCGUAAGGAGUCGGUAUGAUUUAGACCAUGACGUGUUUAGGUUAAAAUCGGUUAUGUUUUUGUCACUACUUUUUUUUCAAAGGCAACAAUAUAUGGAUUUGCAAACUAUUUUUCCGAUUUAUAUGACUCGAACAUCUAAAAGUAUAGUUGUAAUCGAAAAACCUGACUAUCCCUCCCUCUCUUCUGAGUUUUCAAUUUUUAUUUGGCCGGUAUCAAUGUGUAUUUUUAAAGAAUGCAUUCGAUUUUAUGCUUUCCCUGAAAACGAGAGACAAUGUAAUUUGACAAUGUUAAAUUAUUCUUAAGUCCUAUAUACAGAUAUAUAAAUGAAAUGUGAUUUGUCAUUCAUAUUAACUUUGACAAAUUAUGUAAAUGACCAGUUUAAUUUAUGGUGUAAAAAUCAAGGAGGGUUAUCAGAAGGUUAUUAAUCGCAAUUGAAAACUGUUAAUGAUAUACAUCUGUAUAUUAUAUGUAUAGAACUACAUGCAUAUAGUGAUUUUAAUAUAUAUCAUGUAUAUUGCGGAAUCUGUUGUAUUACAAGAAAUUUAUCUACAUGUAUUACCUGUACUGUCGAUUGUAAACUUAACAAUUUCAAAAUUAUUAAGAAUCUCAUUGUAGAAUAUUGCCAUGCUUGAGUUGACUAUUUGUUAAAAAAUGCUUUUAUUAGUCUUGUUGAUACAUUGUAUGAGCACCGCUGCUUAAAAAAAGGCAUGUAUGCAGAAACUGUAUAUAUUGUUCAUGCUUAUAUUUGUUUUAGCAAUUAUGUGUCAUUGAGCUGACAUAGAAUAUUAGCUGUAAGCUAAAUGUAAUGUUUCGUUUUUAUAUUGUAACUCGCUGAAAAUACAUGUACAUGUAAGGAAAGCAAAAGUCUGUAUAAUUACUUGCAAAUAGGUAUAGAAUAGACACAAAUAGUAUCAAUUGUAAAUAUGAUAGAUACAAAAUAGACAAUUUAAAGAAUUUGAUUUUUUAGUGUAUUUCAAAACACCAAGUCGUGUCCACCAGGAAUACAUGUAGUAUAUUGCUUUUUCAGUAUUUGCUUUCCUAAUGUUUUGUUGCUAGCGCAAUCGAAGUGUCUUUGGUGUACGUUAAAACAUGUAUUGUAUUUCAAAUAAGAUGCAUGAUAUAUCUAAAGAUUUCUUGCACACAUAAUUUUUAUUAAUGUUUUAAAUCAUAUAUUUUCCGAAACACCUAUGUGUUGCUGUAUGAAAAGCAAGAGAGCAAUUUGACUGUAUUUGUACCUAUCUUAUUAUUUAAUGUACAUGUAGAAGUGCUGUGCAUUGAUAUGUUCCACCAGUAGUCAAUGUUAAAGUAAGUUUUGGUACCAGCAAACGAGUUAAACCCAUUGAAUUCCAUAUGUGAGUCUCCAAAGUGAGGAGCCAGUAUUGCAGUUGAUGUCACGAGUUGUUGCAUAUCAUAUUUUGAUUCUCGCUCAUUGUUUUGUACAUACAGUUGGUUGUAAGUUUGCUGGUUUGAAUGGGUUUACAUUUUUUUCGGAUAUUUUUAUAAAGUACUAUUUGGUAAUUGGUUUGAUUAUUGUUAAAGGCAAACAAAGAACUGUAGAUAUUGACUUCUAUACGAUUUGGUCUUUGAUCGAGAGCUGUCUGAUUAGGACUCAUUUUUCCUUCUUUUAUAUUCUCGUUUUAAAAUAAAAAGAGAAGCAUAAGUCCUUGGCAUACUACCCCUUGGAAUUUCAUUGAUUUGGCAUGACGGUUACUGAUAAAGGUUACUUUAUAAAAAGCAAUUCCAAAUGUGCAAAAUAAAAUAUUUGAUAUUCACCAAAAAUAUCCAAUAAAUACUUGAUUCUGUUGUGUAUUAGCUGUAUAUUUUCACCAACUUAUCAUUUUUUACUAAAAUAGUCAUUCCAUCUAGACAGUUUUGAAAAGACAGAACAUUAAGUAAACACAUGCUGAUUGAGUUUUUCAGUUAUUUUCAAAACAUAUUACUGUUUUGAUUGCAAUUAUUUAAAUCCUGUCAAAAUUAUGUUCACAUUGUUUGGAAUUGAAUUUUCCUGUAAAGAGAAAAAAAAACAAUAUUAAUAGUAUGAAAAAAGUGAACAAUUUUGGAUUUCUCCCAGGCAAAAUAUAUACAGUUAUUAUUGAUAACAAGAAAUAAUGUCUUUGGUGUAUAUCUUUUCAAAAAAAAAUUGAGAUCAAUAUGAUUUUUGUUAGAUAACCAUGUAUUUAUAAGUGGUCCUCUAUGCAUUUUUUGUUGUUGUAUAUUAUAUCAUAAUUACAGUGACAUUCAUUCAAUGAAGAUAUAUGUUUGUUUUAAUAUUUAUAUGUUGUAAAAUAUGGUACGUACAUGUAUAUAGUCCAUGAUUGAAAGCUUGAA